AUGGCUCUUUUCGAGGUGAGCGGGUUUAAACCUGAUUCUGAAGUCCGUGCGCAGAUUCUCCGUUUCGGUAACAAUAGUGUUGUGGACCGGCCAAACCAUUACACCUUUAAUACAAAAACUCAGGAGUUUGCUGUCCCUCUGGGAGUGGAUCCCUCUGGGUUUCUGAAGUCCUGCAACCAUGACGGUGGAGUGAAUAUUGACCUGAACCAUGGCACCACCACCCUGGCCUUCAAGUUCAGGCAUGGAGUCAUCGUGGCUGUGGACUCCAGGGCUUCAGCUGGAAACUACUUGGCGUCAAAGGAUGCUAACAAGGUGAUUGAGAUCAACUCAUAUCUACUGGGGACCAUGUCAGGUAGUGCUGCCGAUUGCCAGCACUGGGAACGGCUGCUAGCCAAAGAAUGCAGGCUUUACAGGCUGAGAAAUGGUCACAGGAUCUCUGUGGCUGCUGCAUCUAAGCUGCUGUCGAAUAUGAUGUUGGGCUACAGAGGCAUGGGUCUUUCCAUGGGAAGCAUGAUUUGUGGAUGGGACAAACAGGGUCCUGGUCUAUACUAUGUAGAUGACAAUGGAACGCGCUUCUCUGGCCAGAUGUUCUCUACUGGAUGUGGGAACAGCUACGCCUAUGGAGUGGUGGACAGCGGUUACAGGGAAGACAUGACAGUAGAGGAGGCGUAUGAACUCGGCCGCAGAGGCAUUGCUCAUGCUACUCACAGAGACGCUUACUCUGGAGGGGUGGUCAACAUGUACCACAUGCGAGAAGACGGCUGGAUAAAGAUCUGCAAGGAUGACGUCUCUGAGUUGAUUCAUCGCUACAGAGAAGGGAUGUUCUAAGUUCUAAACUUGAACAUUGGAUAUGGGGUGUUCUGGAUAAAUUGCUCUGGGACUCAUUUCAAUCCAUUUAAUAA